UCUCCUCUCUUUAGGAACGCACCAGGUCAUUUGACAGCUUCAACAUGAACACGCUUGAGAGCUCCCUGAUCGACAUCAUGAGGGCCGAGCAGGACACCCUGAAAGGUCGUCUGGGGUUCCCACAUCCAGGUGGAGACAACCCUCUGCCCCUCAAUGCCAGGAAUUAUAGCAGGAGACGAGGCCACUCCUCUCUCUUCCCCAUGGAGGAUGGUUUCCCUGAUGAUGAGCGCAGCGAUCAGGGUCUCGCAGGCCUGGGCUCUCCACACUGCUUCCCACACCAGAACGGAGAGCGUGUUGAACGCUACUCACGCAAGGUCUUUGUGGGAGGACUGCCCCCGGACAUAGAUGAAGAUGAGAUAACAGCCAGUUUCCGGCGUUUUGGACACCUGUUUGUGGACUGGCCUCACAAAGCGGAGAGCAAAUCCUAUUUUCCACCCAAAGGCUACGCCUUCCUGCUGUUCCAGGAUGAGAGCUCAGUGCAGGCUUUGAUCGACGCCUGCAUCGAAGAGGACGGCAAGCUGUACCUCUGUGUGUCCAGCCCCACCAUCAAAGACAAGCCGGUCCAGAUCCGCCCGUGGAACUUGAAUGACAGCGAUUUUGUGAUGGAUGGAUCUCAGCCUCUGGACCCGAGGAAAACCAUCUUUGUGGGAGGUGUCCCUCGUCCGCUCCGUGCAGUGGAGCUGGCUAUGAUCAUGGACCGCCUGUAUGGCGGGGUUUGUUACGCUGGCAUCGACACAGAUCCUGAGCUGAAGUACCCCAAGGGAGCAGGGCGGGUCGCCUUCUCUAAUCAGCAGAGCUACAUUGCUGCUAUCAGCGCUCGCUUUGUACAGCUGCAGCACGGAGAAAUCGACAAACGGGUGGAAGUGAAGCCAUACGUGCUGGAUGACCAGCUGUGCGAUGAGUGCCAGGGAACUCGCUGCGGCGGGAAGUUUGCACCGUUCUUCUGCGCCAACGUCACCUGUCUGCAGUACUACUGCGAGUACUGCUGGGCGGCCAUCCACUCGCGCGCCGGACGGGAGUUUCACAAACCCCUGGUGAAGGAAGGAGGCGACCGACCCCGUCACAUCUCCUUCCGCUGGAACUGAGCGGACGACAGACAGGGAGAGGCAACAGGGGAGCAGGAGGGCAGGUAGUGCAGGAGUCGCAAAUCAUUGUACAAAUAAAUGCACUUUUCUGUUGCUGGUUCCUUUUCGCUCUAAUUUCACUGAACCUUUUAUUCUCUUUUUUUUUUUUUUUUUUUUAAGUUAAUAUAUAUCUAUAUUUUGAAGAUAGAAAAGAAAAACUGGAAUUAUAUCCAAAUAUGUCCAGCAAGGAAAAAAGAUGUGUAACAUAAUUUUAUUUAUGCGUUUGAUUUUUUGAAAUAUUUUUAUUAGUUCUCAAAAAAAAACUACAUAUAUAGGAAAGUUUGAAGUGUGAUAUGGUACUCUGCUAUUCAAUUGGCAUGUUUUUUUUUUCUAAACAAUGUAUUCGAUUUUUUUUUUUAAUUGAGUCCCCAAAACAAUACACUUAAUUUGACAUUUGAUUGACUUCUUUUGUAGCAGAGCUAUUGCUUUUUAUUUUGUACCAAGUCUCCAGAGCAAAUGCUGUUGAAACAGCGUUAUCAUUGGCUAUUUAUUUCUGAGAGUUGUGAUUUAAGUUCUCUGUUGUUGAUACAAGAGGCUCCAGAGCAAAUGUGAAUUGAAAAAAGGUGUUGCUAAAGAAGAGUGCACUUAUUUCCAAUUUGAAAGAGUGCAGAUACAGUAUAUAAGACCCUUAGUAGUCAACCAAAGCUGAAUCUUGAAUUAACUUUGACGAAACCGAGAGGGCCCGCUUGCAGAACGAAAUGGAUUCUUUUCCCUCCCAUAUCAAAAUGUUUGAACCUCUCUCUCUUUUUUUUUAUGAUUUCCAACUUCACACGAAUAUUUUGAUGUUACUUGAAAAUCGCGACGAAAAUUCUAGCAACACAUAUUUGGGUUUUGAUCUCCAUUUUGACAUGCAAAAACUAAUACCUCAAACUCAGCUGCUAAUGUGCCGAAUACAGUUUAAAAAGCAAGGAAAAAAAAAAAAAAAGCAAGAAAGAAAACAUUAUCACCCGCUCGUGUUCUCCUUUCCUUAGAACUAUAAUCAAAGGGAAGUGAUGCAACAGGCAGAGUGUGAUGUGACUGGCACAGUUUUUGUACUCACUUGCUUCAUCACCUCCUUAUUUUUGUAAUCAAAGCCAGGGUUGUGCUAGGGACAGAGCAGAGCAUCGUGCAGUGUAUUAGGGGAAUGUAUGGCGUGGGGAGGCAACAGGAGAGACAAGACAGGCUUAGAGGCAGAUAAGUCCAGCCCCGCUCCCCCUCCUUGUGUCUGCCUGCGGCCUCUGCUGCUAGCAGCUAACAGAGGGUGGGGCCUUGUUCAUGGAUCAAAACCUGCCCUCUGUGUCUGUACACAGCGGGGCUUUGGAUCCAGAUCUUUCAGGACUGAGGUUAAGGUAACUCCUCGAGAAGAAGGCUGGUCGAGCGGCCGCCUUUUUAUUGCAGUUUCUACGGGGGCUACCACCGAACGGGGGAAAUGCCUGUCCCUUAGUUUUUAUUUUUAUUUUUAUUUUUGCAUUUGUGCAGUUCUCCCAAGUCUUUAAUGAAGAAGUUCUACUUUGCAUCUGAGAGUCAGCUACAUUCAAUGAAAGAAGCAAUUAAAGGUUUAUCUGAUUUCCCAAUCGUCAGCACACGUUUGAGUCAUGGAGGGAUCUGCCCUUUCGGCGAACCCUCUAUCCUUUCUCCUGCCAAGCUAAUCCAACUCAGCAUCCAGUGUUUUUGAAGCAUAAAUGAAGAUAGUCUCUGCAGUGUGCUCUACUACUACACACUUGUGACCCACAUGCAGUUUGCUCUUGAUAACAGUCGGUUGUACCCAGUGGCUUUUGGGAACCAAAGAUGGCUGUGCAGUAGUGGGUCAUACUGUAGCUCAUUUCUUAUUUAGGUUUUUAUUCUUAUUUACUUUUUUGCAUUUCUUCUAGGACGUUUUUUUUCAUAUAUAUUUUUUAAAUUCUGUCACUUCUACCCAGUUUUGCUUAACUGUCAAGCCCAGCAAACCAAAGAUUGGCCUUGAACAUAAUAUAUUUAUAUAUAUAUAUUUGACAGUGCAGUCAAAACCCAUUAGAACACCAGUGGAAAAACAACAGGGCUUGCAGACACACACACACACACACACACACACACACACACACAAGGCCUCACACUCUCCGUAGCUCAAAAUGGAGGCGCACGCUGGUAGGCACUAGUUCUUUUUAUCUCAAAUAGGUCUGCGGAAAGUUUAACAUUAAGUGCACAUUCACACAGCAAAAGUAAAACUAAUCCUCACAUUUGUUUGACGUUUGAAGUCACUCAGUAAACCUACUAGCCGAGCAUUUAAAUGUCAGGGAGUUAGUACAGAAACUUGAUUUAUACACACUGGUGAGAAACCUAUCCUCAUAUGGGCGUGGUGUCGUUGCACCAGUUUUGCACCCUGUUCAUUAGUUUCAUGGGUGUGGUGGGUGAGCAUUUUAGAAGUUAAAACACUUUGUGAAGAAUUUGCUGUUAAAUGAGAUGAAAAAAAAAGAAGAUUAUUUUAUACAUGGCCUGCUGAUUUUUGGUACAGUGUUUUCUAGCUAAAUUAUUUUGUCAUGCACAUAUAAACAUUUAUUAUGCACUACUUUUCUAAAUAUUUUUUCUUUUUCCAACAGUCAUUUUAGGCACAUUUUUCACAAAUGGGGAAACUCCUUUUUGCAAUACCUCAAUUUUUCACAUUGUGAAAGGUAGCUUUUGUACUUUUGUUACUGAGAGAUCUGCAUAUAUGGAAAUGUUAAUUUUAAGAAAAAAAAGUUGAGUGAUUUCAAUAUAUAUUAUUUUCAAUUAUGCUUUUUAUACAUUUCAGUGCUGAGGAAACUUUACAACUAAGUGCGCACUUGUGUUGAUGCGACUUCAGAUCUGCAGAGGAGAGACCAAAGUGCAUUGCUCUCUUGGUCUAAGCUUUUCGUACACUAGAUGUUUCCAGUCCAUCUGGUCAAUAACAGCAUGGCGAGAAUAAAAAAAACAAAAAAACAAGUUGUAAUUUGAAAUUGAUGUUAAUGUCUCUAAACAUGGCUAUACUAGUUGGAAAAUGGUAACUUCUGUCUUGGUUUCCUCUCCAUAGAUGGAGUAUAACUUAUUAUAAGGAGAAUGCAAAAUUUGGUUCAGGCUUAACGCUGAAUCGCGUAUCACAAGAAUGGAUGUUUGGUGUUUAGAUAUUUUAAUAUUUCAAAAAAAUAUAUAUAUAUUCUUGAACUUGCCAACUAGCACCUAUUGUAAUCCUUAGCAUGCAUGACAAAAAAAAAAAGAGAAAAUGACAAGUACAUGAAUUAGCUAUUAAAAUUAAUUGUUGUGGUGUGCACCAAAUGUUUCUCAACUAUUAAGUUGUUAAGGACACCCCAAACCCACUCACCUCACCCCCCCCCCCCCCCCCCCCCCCCUCACCUCUCCCCUCUCUCCCCUCCCCACGUGUUGGUCUCCUCGCUUCCCCAUUCGCAGACCUCUGCAGGAUGCACAUGACAGAGAGAUUAGACGAGAAACAAGACAGAAACUUAACUUCAAAACGAUUUGGCAGUGCAGGACUUUGAACAUCCUUAUAGAACACUGUUUUAAAAAGACUUGAGAACUCAUCCCCGCUGUCUGUCGAGGUGAUCUUAUAUAGACCUAUCUGGAGGAAGGGGAGCUUAAAGACUUGAAUGUGGUAAAUGUUGCAAGUUAACUUCAAGUUGUUAUGUGCAAUACUUCUUUUGAACCUUUUUCCAGAUAAAGACUCUUUGCAAUGUAAUUCUUUAAUGCCAUUUUUAAUUGCAGACAUUUAAUUAAAGAAGAUGUUAAUAUGUUUUUCACAGUCAUUUUCUACUGUUAUUGUAAUCCUUUUCAUGCUGGUGUUUGUAAAAAAGAAAAGAAAUCAAACUAUUUGUACUAAUAUAAAUAAUUGAAGUUAUUUUUAAAACAUUAAAGGUUUUGUGCUCAUUUGCUUAUUUUGUUUAUUUUAAGCUACUGUGAUUGAUUGCAUUGUAAUUAUUAGGUCAACAAUGUAUUUAGCUGUUUAUUGGUAUAUUUUUAAUUGGAAUGUAUAAUUGAUUUUUAUAAUUUUGAUCAGAUUUUUGUUAUAUUUUUGAGGUGAAGCUUUUAAUAUGUUAAAGUGUCUAGUUUUUACUAAUUGCUAUAUUGUGCUCCACAAUAUAUGGUUCACAUUUUCUGAAGGAAAAUAAAUAUUUAAAUAUUUGUCUGUUAAUGAUGUUACUUAAUGGCAAGAUUUCAAUAGUUUUUAACUGUGUAUGGGAAGGUUGUUGUAUUUAUUAAUAGCAUUUUUUACUUAAGAUAUCACCUUAAUUUUUAUUGUCAUUUCACUUUAUAAGUUCCUAUUUUUGUAUUUUCCUUUCUAAUUAAGUUAUGUAAUACGGAUAUGUCCAUAUUUCUAGGAGUUGGUCUGUAGAAGUGCUAGUGAAACGAAAAAGAAAAAUCUAAUGUUAUUUAAUUGUUUGCAGCCAACUAUUUAUAACAGUAUGCAUAAUUUUUAAAUAUUUGUAAUGUGAAAUGUUGAAUGAAAUAAAUCUUAACUGUGAUGAUAA